CCUGUUUAUUUUUUCAUAUUAUCUGUAGCCUAGUGGCCGGUGACCUACAGCAGCAUCCUGAAGCAUCAGAGAGUCCGGAGGAACUGGUACCCGAAAAGAUUCCCACGCACUAUUAAAUUUACAUCGACAGAGAACGGAGGACGGAGUAUUGAAUCAAAAAUGGGUUCUUUCGGGGAUUAUAUGAAAUACACUCGCUGAAUUGUGCAUCAGUGUUGGAUAGCUACAUACGGAGUACAGAGAACGUAUGUUGAAAAGAGGCGACAUAUCAUGCCGCAGAUAACAAUACUCCGAAUUUACUCCGCAGGAAGCGAUCAAUCUCCUACACUUCUGCUUUGUCAAGCGUGAGGCCGAACUGUUGCUGCCAAGCAAUAUCAGCCCCUUGUCCUUCCUCAAGCCCUGGAUGAGAAAAGAUUGAGAGAAACGAGCUUGUUGCCGUGUGUGUCUCGCUGCAAGGCAAAAAUAUGGUCAGAAACACGGGUAAACAUUGUCAACCCGCACAUUCAUGUCCUAAUCAAUAGACUCAGUCGGCCAGCAUGCAGCCAACCGCGGAAGCAUCAGUGAAAUGGUCCUUCUGAGACAUUUCUCUCCAAAUCUCAUAGGACUAUUGGGGGUUUUGCCUGUUCCUGGACAAUCCAGGAUCCCUCAUAGCGCUCAGACAAAACGAUCAUCGCACGAUUCCGCUCUCUGUAGCUUUUCAUAUGUAGGAGUGUUUCCAUAUUGUAGUUAUGUGUAUGCCGGCCUUCGAACAAGGCAUUAAGUAUGAUGUAGUGAUUCCGACCAGACUUCGCGCAGACCUGCGUGGUUCCGAAGACUUAGUGACAAGAAAACUCAAGUGCCUUCGCGAACAAC